CUCCGUGCGCCGCUCCGGCCAAUGAUUGUUACCCGCUUUCGCGGUAGCUCGAAUGGCCGUGUCCGAGUGCGGCUCGCUUGUAUUUGUGGGGAGCAGGAAGCGCCGAGCAGGGUUGACGAGCGUGAAACUUUUUCGUGUCCGACGCGGCCAUGGGUCCUGCCUGGGUUUUGAGCGCCAAUAUCAGCAGUAGUAGUAGCAGGAGGCCUGGGCUCCGCGCACAGCCUGGACACAUUCCUUCGUCGCGUCGUAGUACAGCUGCGGUUUCACUUUCGCAAACAGCUAGUAUCUGUGUUAUUUUAAGGUAUCGUCGUGCAGCAAAAGGAGAUUUUAUUCGGGCACCUCGGGAUUGUGCGCGCUCCCGCUCACUCGACGUGCACGCCGGCGCUUCGGCGCGCUCUACCUUUUACAGCUGUUAUUUUAGCUCCGCGCGCCAAGUUCCAGUCUCUGCGCCUUGCGAGGGCUUAACUGACAAUUAAGAGUGUUUAGCUAAUCACAAAUUUAAACUCAGGUAAUAAUAAUGCGGUGAGCAUAUAUAUAUAUAAAAGGUGGUACACAGGUCAAGGACCCGCUUUUUUUAUUCGGUUUUACCCUGUGAACAAAGGAACCUAGCGUUUUUCGGGACAGGGGUUCUGCCAGCCCUUUACUAUUACAUAUACAUUUACACACGUGUGUAUAUACACACACACACACACACCCUUGGUUUCGUACAUAUUUUAAGGGGACUUGGACACGAUGGACUUUUUAAUGAACGCCUCAGAGCUGAGAGCGCGAGAUGGACGCGGACAGCUCGACCACGGACCCCGCGCAGCUCGCCCUGCCCGCCGACUACAUCCCACCGGGACACUUUGUGCUGCAGCCCCACGAAGAUGAUGGUGAAGAGGGAUUAAAUGACCACGAGGACAGCAACGGCAGCAAAGACAACCUGCGCGAGCAGGACAUUUACCUUCCCAUUGCCAACGUUGCCCGAAUCAUGAAGAACGCCAUCCCACCAACUGGAAAGAUCGCGAAAGACGCCAAGGAGUGCGUCCAAGAGUGUGUGAGCGAGUUCAUCAGCUUUAUCACCUCUGAGGCUAGUGAGCGGUGCCACCAGGAGAAGAGGAAGACCAUCAAUGGGGAAGACAUCCUGUUUGCUAUGUCCACGCUGGGCUUUGACAUGUAUGUGGAGCCACUCAAGCUUCACCUGCAGAAGUUCAGAGAGGCCAUGAAGGGGGAGAAGGGGAUAGCAGCUGUGUCUGAGGGAAUCGGCGAAGAACUCACGGAUGACAGCUUCACAAAUCAACUGCCCACAGGACUCAUAACGACAGAUGGACAACAGCAGAAUGUCAUGGUUUACACCACCUCAUACCAGCAGCAGAUCCCUGGGGUCCAGCAGAUCCAGUUCUCGUGAUGAGGACUAGUAGCUGCAUUGGAGCAUAUGACUUUAUGCUGGGGAAGUGAGUGGGGAAGGAGAUGAAGGUGAGGUUCCAUUGUGGCUGUCAAUCACAGAGCCUUAUGAGGGGCAAGUACUACCUCAUGGUCUCAUCUGAAGAACUUCUCCAAUGUAUCAUCAAAUGACAACUAAAGUCCAGGCAGUAGCUAUGCAUAUUUUUAAUAAAUAUUUCCCCUCUCUCCCCAAACUGCAUUUGUACAGUACCUUUUGAGAGUUUAAUUGAAGUUUGUCAGAUGGCAGUGGGACUCUUAAAGGAGACAGUAUCCCUUCUGUAGGAUACCUUUCUUUAAAGGAAAAAUACCCUUUCCCUGUGACCAGUGAGGGGAUCACUGCUCUUAAUUUGAUAUUAAAUUGUUUUUUGUAAUGAGUGAAGUGACUUGUGUUAAUCCUUUUAAUAAAAAUGCAAUGUCCUA